AGUAUUAUAAUUGUGUCGAUUGCAGCCCCCCCCGGCGUCUACCCCUCAACACCGCAUUGCAGUAUAGCUAAUAUGGCGGCAGUUUUUUAUAGAUAUGCGUAGCUGCAAAUGCAACAUCGAUCUUCGCCUUGAUAUGUGCUUUCUGUCCGACCAGUUGUUUUCUAUGAUUCAGAAUUUAAGUUGAAGCAUUAUUGAGACGAUUGCACACAGACACAAGUCUUCUAGCUCUGUAUAACGUCAGGACUGUGAGCUUCUAGCUAACUACGACGUCGCUGGUUAUAAUUGUCGCUGCUCACCUCAGUUUUUCUUUUUUUGGUGUCGCUACUCGCUCCUUGAUGGUGGAAGACGGCGGGCCGACGCAGGAGCACGCCAUCGAGAUGCUCCUGGACGAACUACCGAAAAUGGUAGAGUGCUUGACGCAGCAGGGCCUCACAGAAAAGCUGGAGCAGCCGAUGCAGCAGAAAUUGCAGCAGUGCCUAGAUCAUGGCGGUGCGGUGCUGGCGAUGCCUUCUACCGAGCCCGGUCGUAACCUUUUUUUUGGGGACCUUUUGCAACUUACCGCCCACGCACUGACCCUUUUCAGCCGCGCGCACGAAGUGGAGGGGCCGUGCGCCCCCUUUAUGCAUUGCUUUACGAUCACCACGGUCAUAUUUUCGCAGUUCGUGGACCCCCGCCAGAGCGCGGUUUUGUUCGGCAUUCCGGAAGAGGAAAGCACCUCUCUUGGGACCUACAUCCUUGCCACGAUCGGGGACCACUUCGAUUAUUGCCUUCGCGAGGUCGUGUUCAGUUGUGGGAGCGACGUAUGAAAGCUGGGGACAACUCCCCUCUUCAUCGUUUCUUUGUCAUGCAUAAACAUUAACAUUGGUCCACCAGCCGUUGCCCGGUAAUAUCACUGCCUCGUACAACAACAACUACAGGGUCUAGCACCCCAAACAGCACCAAGAUCCAUACGAGCGAGGAAGGAGCCCAGAAAUAAAGAUAUAAUGACUUCGGACGAGGUAUGUAGUCGUUGCGUCGUUUGCGCUUGGUCGCAUCAACACCGAUACCACGCAACAUAAGAAAAAAUAGUGAAGGUGGUACGUUACGAGGAGGACAGGGCUGCUAAGGCCAAAGCUAGUGCUAACGUAUGAAAAUGAAUAUAUAGCUCGGGGGGAGCACCCCCUCCACUGGAGGUCCUCCCACGGGCAGAGAUCGAGGCGGCGUGUGGCUGGCGCUUUGGGGACCGUUUUUAGGGAAGCGGGGAAAACAGCAAGCGGAAACCCAUCGCGUAAGUGCAUAGAGGAGACACGCCGGAGGACAGGGCGCCGCCGGUCGCUGUGCCAUAGUAAGCGCGAUCGCUCUGGGACCUCAGUAAAUAUAUAGCACCCGAGGCCGAGCAGGACUGGCGCUCUCGGGAGCAGCGGGAGAAGGGAUGCAGCCUUGAGGCUGCGCCGUGGUGAAGUCAAUGCUCGCGGGCGUGGUUGUUAAGCUGUACCAGCUCCCUCUUGUCUUGGGUGUUUUUCUGACCACCGUCUGCGCCUCCAAGAAAGCUGGCAAAGAAGUUCCCCCCGGCUUGCCCCUUUCAAAGGCUUUGCAGAGCUGACGAAGGGCAGUGCGCUCGACCCUCCCUCUGGUGCCCCCGGCCCUGUCGAAAAUCGUGGGUGGUUGUGUGCAGCUGCGGGCAGCAAGGGGCCGGGCGAGUUUCGAGGCGGGCUGCCAGAGUUACGCGAGUUGAUACAUUGGAUUUACACAAUUUUGGCAAGCUCCAUAAGCAUGAUCCCUCAAUUUUUAUCGCAGGCUAUUUUAUUGUUUUUCGAUAGUUAUAGGUUCGUUUACUCAGAAUGCUUCUGUUGUUGUAACUCUCUUUACAUGCGGCCCAGGGAAUUAACAGCUGUUGAAGUUGGAAAGUGCCUUUAGGUCGCAUAUCUCAGUGAGCAAGCUCAAGCUGCAACACGUUCUGCGAUUGCGGGGCGGUGCGUGCGGCAGGUACAAUGAUCCACCUACUAGAGGCCCCGGCAGGGGCGGUUUCAGUUCUUCCGUCCUAAUAUUGGAACGGCUGGCUUUUGCUAGUAUCUGGAAAAGCGGCUUGGGCGCAGUGCGUAGCGCUCUUUUUGGUAUGUGCCAGUGGUCCUGCUCCGGAACUGCGGAGGCCGCUCUGCUUUUUUAUUGAUUGCAUUACAAUGGCGCCCCCAAUCACGAAGAACUUCGCAGUUAGUUCGCCCUGCCUUGGCCUCCCAGCUGGCUCCGUCGUACGUGGUGCAGGGGUUCUCCUACCUAGGAUAUCUGCUCACCUUAGGGUCGUCUAAUUCCCUACUCCCCCGGAUGUCGUUAAUUUUAGACACUACUCCCAGUGACUACCGUGAGGAUUAUUUUAAGACAGUUAAUUUUAGCCACUACUCCCAGUUAAUUUUAGACACUACGCUCGCAUCGACUACCGUGAGGAUACCUCCGGUCCGAGAGUCGUUUUUUGUUUUUAGUUUAAGAACAUCGUGGUCCACAUCAGGCGAUGUUCCUGCCUUGCUCGUGCGCAUACGUACGUAGAUCUUUUGGCUUUGGCCAGGAGGUUUAGGGUCGGAGCGCUCUCAGCACUGCUGAAGCUUUAGAACCAGAUGGGAGUGCACACCCGGACGGAUCAGAGCAAAAGGCUUUAUUAGCGCUUUUUGAAAGUAGAUUUUACCUUUCCUUCCUUGUGCUGCUCUUUUGCUUUCCCCGGGCCCUACUGGCACCAAGCAGGAUUUUUUUGUGGUCUGGGACAUGACUCCCUCCGGUGUCCUAUGUGGGUAUUUUGCUUGAAUUAGAAUCUUUAGGUCUUACCAUGCGUUUUUGUGCACACUCUCUCUGAUCAGUGCGGUUUCCUGUUCUUCUCCCCCGAUUCAUCUUCCUACGGCCGGUUCCUUCGCCAGCGUCAAAAAGGGUUUAGAAGGGUUGGAAGGGUUUUUGGAUUUGGGGUUCUAUUUUGAUUUUAGACACUACUCCCAGUGCCUCUCUUUGUGUUGGAGAUCAUGAGACAACUAUGUUUAUGCUUCCAUUCCCUUCAUUUUCUAUUGUGGAUCCUGGCCUGCGUUCCGAAUGACAAUGAGGGGGGGAGGAGUUGUCCACCAUCAUGCGACGACUCUAGCACGGAUGAGAUGAUUCACGCUAAGAUCUGCUGUCGCGUGAUGUGGCGGACCCUGUGCUUGUGCGUGGGGGGUGCGCACAAGAUCGACGGGGAGACGUUUUUGGAGUUGUGUGGAAACGAGGUCUAUUUUCCGGUGGCCUUCGCCCGUGUGCUGAUUCCCUGCGAGGCCGACGUUGCAGCUCCUUUGAUGGGGCUGUGGAGCGCCGCGAAAAACGUAAAUGCAGCCAACCGCAUUGCCGCACAGCAGGAGGGCAUCACUGGCGUGGCGGUUCUUGACGAGGACGGCAAGCGGAAGUUAUGAAGUAAAAAUCAAUAUGUCUGGGCUCUGGAAGCUGCAGCGCGAUUGCUCUUUUGACAUCAUGCAAGAAAACUUUGUCAUGAAGAUGAACAUGAUCAUGCAUGUUGCGCUGAAGGGGCUGACGCGGACGCAAUCGCAAAGUCGAUCCCGUGGACCCUCACCUUAGCGCGCCCCAGGUCUUGCCCGGGAGCUCACCUCCGGCAGUGUUGGUGGGUGCUAGAAAAAAAGUUGAAAGAGCGCCACUCAGAUGUCAUGAACAAAUCCGAGUACUUUAUAUCAUGUUCGUGCGCAUCCGCAUGGAUGACGCAGCGAGCAAGUAAUCGCUCAAGCGCUACUAACGGUAACAAUGCUGUGGCUGUACUGAGGUCAGGUGACCGUCGGUCCGCUUUUUAGCUUUACAGGUUUCAAGAGGUCGGCCGUCUUUGCAAUGCAUAGAAGCUUCCGAACGAUGAAUCUGGUGAUCUUGCGGAUCUUAUCACAAGCAAAAGCACCACAGCAGCCAUACUACCCAUAUUCAUACAAUAUGAAUAUUCGGAAAUAUUUGUCAUGUUUUUUUUCUGCCACAGGGAAAGAUACAGGAAAACGCCUCUAUGUUGAAGUUUGCGAUGCCUGCCUACAAUCAAAUAUAUGUAGUUACAAGGCCGCGGCUUAUGUCGUGCGAUGGGAGGGCGAGCAGGAGCGGUAUAUAGCGUAGAGACUCGAAAAACUUGAAGGGCGCUGCACUUCGAAGUUGAAAAUGAACGCAUUCAGCUAUAUUAUUCGUCUUCGCGUAAAAAUCUAGUAUGGGUCGUGUGCUUUUCUGUAUCAUAGACCUGUACGAGUACAAGAAGCAGAUCGCGUGCGCUUUCGUAGACGACGACAUCAUUCCAGAACUCUGCCGCGCACUGAUGGAGGCCUUAUACCAGUGGGAGCAGCAGCCAGAGGUGAAGCAGUGGUUUCUAGCGGUUUUGGGGGCGCCGGACUUGACCAACCAGCUGGUGCCACCUCCAGCGGUGUUGCUUUCUUCCAAGACGCAGGAGUGCGCGCGGAGCGUUCUCCUCCUGUACACGGCGGCUUGCCGGUGCUUCAGCGAGAUCGCCAAUGUGGUUUUGGAUGCGCACUACCGCGCGUGGGCGAGCCGGUACGGCAACUUGGUGGGACGGAUGAAACGGCAUUUGACCUUGCAUGGGAAGGGGUUCCUGAAUCACCUCGUCAAGCCCCACUUUUUGCCGCACAACGGGGCCGGCAUGAACUCCGACCUGGACCUCAAACUUCGCAUGUUGGUGAUGUCUGCACGCGAUCUGUAUCAACUGCAAAUAAUAUGGCUGCGGCUGGAAGGGUGAAUCCUUUUGUUUUGACGAUCACACAAAAUGUUUGGAAACCUGUGCCAUGCGUUUCAUUCUAUGUCAUGCACGGGCCGCAGGCGCAGUGCCAAAAGAAAGUCAAGUGCGCACUCGUUCUUGUAACGGACAGUGGAGCGAGGGACUGCACGCACGAGAGAUGGUCAGGUAUUAAUUGAGAAACCUUCACCUUGUCACCGAAACCUGUCAUGGUAAUGGUAUACUCUUCAUGUUCAUUCAGACUUUGCGGGGUCUCCCAGGCAAAAAACAACAGGCAUAUGCUCGCAGGACUCAUUCACGCAUAGCAAAGUACAAAAGCGGCACGACAAAGUUUGCCGAGUGUCAUCCCAAGCCCUGCUUGUAUUGCAUAGUCGGUCGUCGAAUAUGGAAACCGCUAGUGUCGGGAUCGGGGAGUCAGUGAAGAAACUUUCCGUUGUGCUGCUGGACAUGCUUCUGGCGCUGAAGGACGUAAAGUAUGACGUUAAAGAAAAGUACACCCAUACCGGAAAGCACUGUAGUUUACUCCUGACACUAUUAGGUAAUCCGCGGCAAAUAAUCAGAUUCUAUACUACAGUUCCGCAGAUGCUUGCGCUGCCGCUGGGUCACCCGAUCGGCAGCGAGCACUGCCACCGAUCAGACUACAAUAUUCGGUAUAAUCGGCAAAAACAAAAGGCCUUCUGACGCCAGUAGAGUCUUGUUCUUGGUAGCAAGAACUGCACUUUAGAAUUUUACAAGCAAAAACUUCUGCUCGCAAAAAGGUACUUGCUAUACUAGUAGAAAAGAAGGCUAUGCCUACCCCUACUACUUGUAGAUGUGGGCCAGGCCCCUAUGCGCGUUUCUGCUCGUGAAAAAGCGCGCCCGCACCUCUCUUAGCUAGUAUGCCAAGGGAGAUAUGCGCUGCGCCCACACACUGCGCAGCUUUCCGUUCUUGCUGCGGGCCCUCCUUAUGCAUCGUGGAGAAACUCAAACUACCAGCAGUAGGCAGGCUGCGUGUGCGUCAGCGAUACUCUGAAAACUGGAGUGAGAGGUGCUCUGAAAACUGGAGCGAGAGGUGCAGAGACACGAAAACCGUGCGCGGCAGUGACCCCAGAAGGACGAAGAGCGCAGGGCCACUGCAGACGUCGCAUUCACGCACUGCUAAAGUUGCCGGCGCGCGCGCGCAGGAAUGUUGUUCCGGCGCCGAGGGUGCAGAAAUUGCAGGCCAGCCUGCCCCUUGGCCGUGGCCUGCCCGUGCGUCAGCCCGGGGCGGAUCAGUUUGCGUCCGGCCUGCGGAAGUGCCUCUGAUGCGUUUCCCGCAGCCGCAAACGCCAAAAAGCUGGCUCUUUCUGUAUGUCGCGCACUAAUCCACACACGCAGCGUGCCCGUUUUCGUUGUGCUACCCGCGCGGUGUAGUUGAGGGCCAAAUUGCGACUGGCCUACCCGACCCCAAUAUUUUCUCUGGGUUUUGCUUUUGCUCGUCCUAUUUGUCCGCAAUUCAAAACGGAAGUGCGACAGGCCUCACCUCGACGACGCGCGCAAAGUGGUAACCGCCGGAGCCCUUGCGCGCGGUCCGCGGCUACCUCUACGCCCGGCGUCUAGUGCCCUUUCAUUGUGGCCCAGCCGGGGAGCUGCCCUCUUCGCCGGAUGCCCUCCGGGCCGGUGGGCGCUUUACCAGCGGAAGACUUCGCAGGCAGGGGGCGCGCCCGCCGGCGGUUCGCCAAAAAUGCCGCGCACGUUGCCUGGGUGCCUGAAGGUGCGGACGCUGCCUGGAUGCCUGCAGGCGUGCUUCUAGCGUGUGGCCCCGUUGCCCCUCGCCUACUUUCGUACUUCGUCGCCGGUAGCAGCCUGCUCCGCAUUAGAUUACCGCAAACGCCGCAAGACUUGCGGCGUGGCAUCAUGCAAAAUGGAAAACCUAUGUAUGUAAAUGUAUUCUAUUGCGGCCAAAAUAAAUUUUUAAAAAGAGAAAUACGAAAGUUGGGAAAGCUGCCUAUCGAUGGGCAUGACAAAAAAUUCAAAAAAAGCGUUGUUUAACUGGUUGAUUACAGCGACGCUGACUAAUCUUUCGCUUUGCUUGUUUGAUAUGGGUGUAUUUUUUUCCAGGACAAGAUCUGUGAGCAGAUCAUGGGCCACGAAUUCCUGGAGUUAGUGAGGUCCAGUCUUGUAUCCUUCUCAAGAACUACGUACCUCCCGGCCCAGAAUUGUAAUGUAGAUCUUGUUGCUUUUGCUACGUACCUUAUGAUCAUUUUCGUUUUUCGCAUUCACUUCCAAACCUUCAAGGCCACAGCUUACGUCGCGUAAUGGAACGGCGAACGAGUGGACAGGGGGGAAAAGAAAAUGGCGACAGGGUCGUGGGCAAGUGAAAAAUUUGACUGAGGGCGGGGCAAAGCACCUGCGCCGCUUCUUGCUGAAAGAAAAAAAGCGGAGCGCCAUCGCGUCUGUGGUUCCCGUCGUUGUGCGAGGACUCCGCCGGCGGUGGGCGCUCGUUUGCGAAGUGGCGAGCCUAAACGCAAAGCGGGAGAGCGGGCGAGCGCCAGCAGGGCGGAGAGGCUAAGAAAGCAAAAGAACAGCCCGCGCCACGCGCGGCCCGUUCGCGCCCGCCACAGCUUGUGCGCCCCCUCUUGCGCGCCGCUGUUGUUAGGUGGCCACCGCGCCCCCCCCCCCGCGCCCUCCUGCAUGAGCAGCGGCCUGGUGCUCGUUCGCUUGCCUCCAGCCUUCCCCCGCAGCCCCCUACAACACCGGCGAUCCCUGCCGCGGGGAUAGAGGACGGGUGCCGGGGAGGGCUCCACUCUUCGUCAGGUUCUGGGCGGCCCUACCGCCCUCCCCCCGCCUCCUGUCCCCGAGAACGGCAACGCCCCGCGUGUUCGCGUGUUAGCUCGCCGCCUUUGAUGCCGCCCCCCCGGCGUUCGCAGCCUCCAGCCGGCGGUGGGCAACUGGUCUCGCGGUGCUGUGCACUUUUUGGGGCUUGGGCGCUUGGCGAUUUCCAAACCUGUCCCACUUGGUUUUCGUGAUGGAAAGUAAAACUUUGGGGGUUUGGUUGUCGAGGUUGCGCGCAAAACUUUGCAAAAUUGAUUUUCGAAAUUGAAAUUGGAAAACUUUGGCAGUUUGGGUGUCGAGAUUGAAGCUACAAGCUUGGAACUUUGUUUGUCGAGAUUGAAAGCAAAACUUUGGCAGGUUGGUUGUCGGGUUUGAAAAUAAAACCUUGAGGGUUUCCUGGCGGGUUUAAAAGUAAAACCCUGGCGCAAGUUUGGUGCCCGAACUUGAAAAUAAAAGGGCGGAAGUUUGGUCCUCGAGAUUAAAAAGAAAACGGCUGCAGUUUGGCAAGCGGAAAAAAAGCACUGCGGUGGGCGAUUUUGCAAAUUGGAAAAAGGGGACGGCGAACAUUGGAAAAAAAGUUCUGCGCUCGGGGGCGAUUUGGGAAAUUGCAAAAAAAAUUUGAAACCUUGAAAAUUACGAGGAGGGGUUUUGACGUGGGCGAUUUAUUUUCUUUCCCCCGGUUAAUGUUCGAACUGCCCCCGCUCAGCUAUACUAGGAGUUAGAUGAAGGAUCUCACACCGAAGCGGUUCCUCUCGAGACGGCUAGCUCUCCGAGUGCUUUGGACUUCGUCAUGCUCUAAUCGUAAUCGUGGUGAGGAUGAUGAAGCGAACUAAUGAUGCGGCUGUGCUACCUACUUGAACAUGGCUGCCUUGUCGUGGUGUAGCUGUAGAUGCAAACUUAUAGUUACUCGUCCAAGUUAGUUGCUCAUCCUCAUGCUCUUCAUUCAACUUCGACUGAAGCACGCGCACACUUCUCUGCGUCGCAUGCGAUUCUGCAUGAUCACAAACAGCUUCUCUGUCAUGUCUACGCUGAUCUUCAUCUUCUAUCUUUAUCUGGUUUGUUCUCUGUUUCGAUUCUGCAUGAUCACAAACAGCUUCUUUGUCAUGUUUGCUUUGAUCUAUCUGUAUCUGAUUUUAUAUCGGAUCUCUUGCUGGACUCACAAACAUCCAGGAUUUGCGUUGUGGGGAGGUGUUUUCAACCAGAAAGAAGAAAGAACCGUCUCGCAGUAAGGAACAGCUCGUUGGUGCAGCCACCGAGUGUGUUCAUGUCAUGGUCUUCAGCUGCCGAGGUUUCUUGGCUUGUGUAGCAGAAAAAUCCUAUAAAUGAUUUUGACUAGUAGGGGGUUGGUACGUUGUUACACAGGAUAUUGCGCACAUACGCCUCCCAUUCUCUCCACCGCUGCCGAUCCAGCGAUCUACGCUCGGAUUGCACUGCUUUCCUUGACCCCGGCGAUGUACACCGCCAAUACCGACGAGGAUGGUCUGCUGCUCGAGGCCGAUACUGCACGACUGACUCAGGAAUUGUUUGAGCACCUUGACCAGGUGGCGCAGCUGCGUGCAACCUGCUACCAGGAGCCGGCCUUUUGGCGAGGCUGCAAAAAAUAUCUAAUGGCGUGGUUUGAAAGCACAAAUGUGGGUGUGGCCGCCGAGUUCUGGCACACAGGUCUGACGGUUCAGGGCGGGCCCCUGCACCGUCUCGAGGGACAAAGUGCGGCCAAUAUGGUGGAUUCGCACCAGACGGAUUUGCCGAUGGAUUCCGCCUACACUGACGUACUGGCGCAGAUGCACGACAGUGUUGGCUUGUUCCAGCAGAGUAACUUUAUCACCUCCGCGGCUACAGGCGAAACCCCCGAUAUCAACACCGGCGAGGAAAGUAUGCAAGGUCUUGGCGGUAAGGGCGGCGGCGGCGGCCCCAGAGCCCAUAGGGGCGAGGUAGUAGAUUUUUCAUUUGUACUUUUUCACGGGUACUGUCUUUAUCUUAAUACUAGCAACGCCAGCUUCGCCUCUACGUAAGCACUUCGAAGCAUUCGGAUGAGCUUUCCAGUUCUAGAUAACAAAAACAAAUCCCAAAACAAGAAAGCGCCGGGCUCAAAAGCGCAGGCCCGGCGAUGGAUCCCGGUUCCGGCGAUCGGCGAUCCCCGUCCCGGCGAUCCCGGUUCCGGUGAUCCGGGUCCCAGCGAUCCCCGUCCCCGUCGGUCCUGGAUCGGGGUCAAGUACCGGGCGGGAGAGCCGCGUGGCCCGGCGAAGCGAGUCUUCCCACCGGCCCCGGACCGGGCUGGAGGGUCGCCGGGCCCGGCGAACCGCCCCCCCCCACCGGUCCCGGACCGGGCUCGAGAGUCGCUUCACCGGGCCAACCGGCCCUCCAGCCCGGUGCAGCUCGAAGUUGAUUCUCAAACUCAGCAGCGAGGUUGAUUCUGAAACUCAGACUCGAGGUCGAUGCUGAGACUCAAGCUCAAUGGUGAUUCUGAAACUCAAGCUCGAAGUGGAUUCUAACGCUCAGAGCUUAGUAUCAAGCCCGAAGUUGAUUCUCAAACUCAGAGCUGAGCUGCGAACUCGAGGUUGAUUCGCAAACUCGAACUCAAGCUGGCAGCUGGAUGCAUUCUUUUAAUCCAUGGUGUGGUAGUGAAUAAGAGUAUCUUUACGGGAUGAGAUUAAAACGGAGGGCGUCGGCGUUUCUUCAUGUCUGGUCCCGGUGGCGAUCCAUUGAGAGUGAGACACUAGCCGCCAUAACUAUUUACUUACGACUUACUCGCAGGAACUUCGAUGGUGCGGCAAGCGUUUCACGCGCUCGCCUCAAAUGGUGAGCACGCAACUGCUUUUCGUAUUAAGCACAUUGCGGGCCCUCGUCUCUGUUUGCGCUGACGCCGUCCCCGUCGCGAGCGCGAGAGCAAUAUAGUUGCAGUGAUUUUUGACUUUAAAUUGACAUUGGCAACGUAAAGGUCUGCGAACGAAUCUAACAGACGAAGAAUGUCAAUAGAGAACAACAACAAAGGCAAACAAAAUCUUUAUGUUCACACUCUCGUCAGGUACCUGAAGAAUUCCGAUGUGCAAUUGAUGGCAAGUUGAUGCAGACGCCGGUGAGGUGGCUCUCCCCUGCCAGCGGAAACGUUUACGUAUAUGAGUUAGUGACCUUACAGGCUUGGGCCGAGGUGCAGGGGGACGUGUGUCCCGUGAGCGGCGAGGCUUUCACCGCUGAAGCACCUCCAGCCGUGGAUGAAGGGCUAAAGGCAAAGAUCGAGGCCUUUACGUCAAAAAUGUAGAAGCCGAAGUUUUUCACUUACUCAAAUGAAUUCGCUACGUACAAGUAAACAAGUCAGCGUACGCCUGAUACGACAAGUAAACAAGUCAGCUUCGCCCGGUGGUAAUGGUAUUCACAUACUCCAGAACCAGAAGCCGUCGUGUUAACAACCAAAAACAAAAUUAUACAAGAACCAAGAACAAGAACGAAAGAAGGAACGUGAGCGCUGAGCAGCUGCCAAACACGUUCUGCCGACUUGGAACAGGCGCAUUUUAGGCGGGACAACUUAUCGCGCACGCUAUUGCUAUACGAGCGUUUCUCGGAAUGGUUGGCUUGUCUUUCUUUCGACAGUAGCAGCUCGGCCCUUCUAUCGCCCGUGUGCUGUUGUUCUUUCUGCAAUCGUAGUCGCUUUUAGGGUCGGACGUGCGUGAGCGUGUGGUGUCGGAACCUGCGCGGAAAACGUCGAAACCCGUGCGGCUUGGAUUCAUUGUGCUGCCUUUUUUUUCUGGUGCGCCGGCUGGCAUUCAUUCUCACACGGAGGGACGAGUCAACUCCUUUUGUUUUUUCUCGUUCUUACUUCGAGAUGUCGGCACAUUUCCGAGCGCGUUUUGGGUCUCUCCAAGUUCCUGGGUUUGGUUGGUUCUUUGUGCCGUGGCAGCUCGAAAAAUCAAAAGCAAGCUCGUAGCUGAAACCUAAAGCAUAUAUAUCUCGCUAAUUCUACCCCUAUUGCACAGGUUCUAAAUAAAACUUCUUUCCGCGAAAAAAAAGCGCGAAUUAUUAUUACUCGCAGGCUUUUGAGAGGCUCUUUAUUCAAAAGGUUUCCAAGUAGGAGUCAAUAAU